GAUAGGCGAGGAAUGCAGGUGUUAUUGUCAGGCAUUUAUUACAUUAUUAAAAAAAUAAUUUAGUUUAACGCAUGCUGGGUUUAGACACGCCGUUGUUGACAAUUCGAAUAGUCGGCCCCAGUGAAUGAACCGAUCGAUGCUUGAGCGUUGACCAAAUCAGUCAAAACGGGACAUAAUCGUUGAUAUGGCUUAAAUGUAGGUAUCCCGUUGAUCCAUUCCCAUCCAGAAUGCUACAAGUCUCCCCUUUCUUGGGCUAUGAGCGACCUCCGGCCAUCAGAAUCUCAUUCAGCACCUGUGUUUUGGGCACUGUGUUUCUACCUUUGGUUGGCCUCACUACGUGCGUCUUAAUAUCCUCUAUAUUUCAUUUUGAAGACUCGACUGGCACUCAUUGUCAGGUUCCUAAUUAUCUGCCAUCGAUAAGCGCAGCAAUAAGCCUGGAACCGGAGGGCAAUAUCUGGCGUUUCUGCAUCGGUCUGCACUCAGCACCUCGCUUCCUGGUGACCUUCACCUACUUUCGAUUUUACAAGGGCCAUUUCUCUUCCAAAUUCCCAGAGAGUUCGCUUGUAUUCCUAAAUGUGGCCUUCUCAAUUUCGGAGAACUUUGGUCUGUUAUUACUUACUUAUGUGUCAUCCAAUGAGAAAUACCUUGUACACAAGGAGGGCUUUGUGCUCUUUAUUAUAAGUUCCAUCAUCUACAUGAUUAUCACCUGCCGCUUAUGGAAUACCAUCAAGAAGUUUUCCCUAAACCCAGAGGAUAGCAAGUCUUACCUUUGGAAAGUUCGUCUUUUAAUCCUCAAUAUUUCAUUCUGCGCCUUCGCCGUGUACUUUUACGUGAAACACAACUUGUAUUGUGAACCAGGAAGUUACACGUUCUUUGCUCUGUUUGAGUAUCUGGUGGUGCUGACCAACAUGGCCUUCCACCUCACAGCUGUAUGGGACUUCAAGAACAGGGAGCUCAUUCUCAUUUCAACCAAUGAGGAUAAAGUCUUCUGACUGGAGGACCGCAGGUUACAAGUCAUGCCAGUUCACCGGUCAAUAUAUACCUUAGAUACUCACAUCUGUUCAGAAGGAAUUAGUGAGAUGAUGUAGAAUCAGCCAUUUGUUUAUGCAUUGGGUCCAUUAUGUCAUAAAAUCAUCCAGUUCAGUGACAAUAUUAUAAUAGAGGAAAGUCCCUUCAAUCUUUCACAAGAUGACAGAAAAACAUCCCAGUUGCUAUAUGAAAUGCCCCUUGUGGAUAUUCUGUCUGCUCUUGAUAACUGAUGUGACCUUUUAUAUAGGCCUAAUAUUAAAAAAAUUAGGUUCACCAAAAUAAAGUGAUGUUCUUUAUAAAUAUAUAUACAUCGGAUUGUUUAAAAUAUGACAUAUUAUAUAUAUAUAUAUAUAUAAAUAAUAUGUCAUAUUUUAAACAAUCCGAUUUGAAACCACUCUUAGGUUUAUAACUACUGGUAAAUGAUGGUAAAUACAACAGUAACUUUUCAAAUCAUGUUGGAUUUCUGACUCUUUUCUGUGUAAGAUUAUGGAUUAGCUCAUCCUUGGUUUAAAAAACAAUGUUUUGGUUUUGGACUUUUAUGUCAGUCAAAUUCAUCCUCUGCAAAGUUAUUAAACCAGUUCUCUAUUUUCCCCCAAAAAAUGAAUGAACAAUUAUAUAUAUAGCCUUUAUAUAUAAAAUGAAAAUAAACUUGUUUCAGUGUAUUAUUUUCUCUCAAUUGAGAAAUGAAGGAUUAUACCGUUGUGCAUUUAAAUCCACUUAACCAAUAUUUUUUUCAAAUGAAGACUGGCCUGAGCCAAAUCGACGGCAAACUAAACGAUUGUAUGAUUUAUUGAAGCUUCAAAAAAGGAAGAAAAAAACAACUUAAUUUCCUCCCCAAGCAAGAAGAUAUCAUUUGUAUGUAUUUAUUUACUUUACUUGUCAUAUGUAUCGUUUGACAUAGCUUAAUGAUGACAAUGCCUAUCUAAGCAGUUUCUGUGUUAUAGUUGAAGGACUGACAAUAUAUCAUAUCCAAGUCUAAACAUGGGGCUGGGAGAAAGUUUAAAUAGUUUGGGGUUA